AUGCCAUUAUUGACAGACUUAGAUAUCUCCCAGAACUAUCUAUAUGGUAGUAUCCCUUUGUCCCUAGGCAAUCUGCAAAACAUGACCGACCUAGUCAUCUCAAAUAAUCAUCUGUCUGGAGUAAUUCCUGACAUUUGGAGCGAUUUUAAAUAUCUCUACUACCUGGACAUCUCGAACAACAAUUUUUUUGGUAAGAUCCCAAGCUCAAUUGGCUCUCUAAGUUUCAUUAGAUUUUUGUUUCUGGGUGGGAACAAGCUUUAUGGUCAAAUCCCUUCCAGCCUGCAAAAUUGCACCAGUAUGGAUACCCUUGAUAUGGGUGACAAUCGACUCUCUGGAAAUCUUCCAUAUUGGGUAGGAGAAGCCAUGCCGUCUUUAUUGAUUUUUCGCGUGAGAAACAAUUCCUUUACAGGACACAUUCCUGGGCAAUUAUGUCGCCUCUCUAAUCUUCACAUAUUGGAUCUUUCACACAACAAGCUCACAGGGAUAAUCCCAACUUGUUUAGGGAAUUUAAGUGGCUUGAAAACUGAGCUUAAGUUGGAUUCUGAGCGAUAUGAAGGGAGCUUGCAGGUGGCCACCAAGGGUAGAAUAAUGGAGUACACAGAAACCACUCUUUACCUUGUGAAUAGUCUUGAUCUCUCCAGCAAUAACUUAUCCGGUGGCAUUCCACAAGAACUGACCACACUUUCCGAGUUGGGUACCUUGAUCUUGUCCAGGAAUCAGUUGACAGGAAAGAUCCCAGAGAUGAUUGGGAACUUGAAAGAUUUAGAAACCCUCGAUCUUUCUCACAACAAACUUGUGGGUGAAAUCCCAGCUAGCAUAGUUUCUUUGACAUUUCUAAGUCAUUUGAACCUUUCGUUUAACAAAUUGUCUGGUAAAAUACCCACAAAGAACCAGUUUCAGACCUUCGAUGAUCCAUCCAUUUAUAAGGGUAAUCUUGCGCUUUGUGGGACUCCACUGACAACCAAAUGUAGUGGCAGUGGUAGUGGCAAUGGCGAGGCACCUUCUGGUGGAGGCAAAAAUGAUGAAGACGUUAAAGGUCGGAUGGAGAACCUAUGGUUCUACUUGACUAUAGCACUAGGAUUCUUUAUGGGAUUUUGGGGAGUCUGUGGCAGUUUGAUAAUUAAGAAACGGUGGAGACUUGCAUAUUUUUGCUUUCUCGAGAAAAUAAUAAGUGAAAUCACUGUGUUAAUCUUCGUAACCGCUAAUCGUUUGAAGAAGAUGUUUAAGAGGUGA